AUGACAGAAUUUGACGUCAUACUUGGGAUGGACUGGUUGUUGACUUUCAGAGCCAUUAUUGAUUGCUUUAGGGGCAGAGUUUCAGUGUGUACCUCGGAUGGGGAUUGCUUCUGUUUUGUGGGGCAUCGGUGUGAUUCUCUCACUCCUUCAUUUUACAACAUUAGAGGUCGAGAUCGACAGACAUUCUUCUUGGCUAGCCUUUUUGCUGACGAUGAUGUUGAGUUUUGUGGGGUUGAUUAUUUAGAAGUUGUGCAUGAUUUUUUAGAUGUGUUUUCGGAGGACUUGAUAGAGUUGCCUCCACACCGAGAGGUAGUGUUUGCUAUUGACUUGAUGCCUAGUACCGCGCUAAUUUUUAUGGCACCAUAUCGUAUGGCACCGAUUGAAUUGGAAGAAUUGAAGAAGCGGCUUGAUGAUUUGGGGUGA